AUGUCGUCGCACUACCUGCAGUUUCAGAAAGUGGCCAUUGACCGGGUCGAGCGGGUCAAGGCCAAGCUGGGCCUCAAGGAGCGAAAGCACCACUCGUCGCAAGCGUCGGCCACAUCCUCGCACCACGACAGGUCUCAGCUAUUGGCUACGCUCAAGGCACGCAAGUCCAUGCCUACGGACGCCAUCGAGCGGCUGCACGCCAAGGACCUGCCUCUCGACACAUUCUUGCGCAAGAACGACAAACUUUGCCGGCCCGUGGUUAUCCAGGGUCUGCUGGACGAGUGGAAAGCGCUCGAGCGCUGGUCCCUUUACAACCUCGUCUCCAAGUACAGCGACAACGAGUUCGUCGUGGGCCACGACCAGAAUCGGAACGUCGUAACGGUGAAGAUGAAGUACUUCGCCUACUACCUCAAAGAGUACCGGGACCCAUCGCCCUUCCAGAUCACCGACGACCUGGCAACCGGAGGCAAGAGGAGGAUGCGUGAAGACUAUGAGGUGCCGUCAUACUUCAAGGACGACAUCUUCAAGUACGCCAAGGAGUCCGACUUGCCGCCGACUCGCGCCUUUAACUUGGGACCUGCUCUGGCCGGGGAAAGGAUCCAGACGAACCCGCUGGACUGCAACCUGUGGAGUGCCCUAGUUCACGGAACUCGGCGAUGGUGCCUGUUCCCGCACCACGUGCCGCAGGACCUGCUCUGCAACGACCACAGGGCCGCGCGCAAGGACCGCCUGAUCGAGACUGCUGUCGCCUGGUUCAAGCGCAUCUACCCGAAGACGCAGUCCUCUCACUGGCCGCGCUACUUCAAGCCGUUGGAGAUUCUUCAGACCGCUGGGGAGGUUGUUUUCGUGCCUGCCGGAUGGUGGUACGUGGUGAUCAACCUGGAUGUGUGUGUGGUGAUGUCUCACCACCAUUGCAGCGCGAACACGCUCUCUCAGGCAUGGCCCAAGCUGACACGCGGCAACAAAAAGCUGGAGCGGGCAUGGUUUGAGGCGUUGCGACGUCGACGUCCCGAACUUACCGUACUGGUGCCGCGGAAGGAAAAGCGGCGCUCGCGGGACAGUGACAGCAGCGCCACCUCGCGCUCCAGCGACGUCGACCAGGACAGCUCCGACAACUCCUGA